AGUGCGGCGUACUUGGGGAGGAGGAGGGCUGGAGGAGCAAGGCACUACGGGCUUCCGCGAGCGCAGAGGACUCAAAUACCUCAAAUCAGAAGGCCAGCAUGCUGCCAGAGAAAGACUCUAAAAAGCUGGGGGAGAAGGACCCCAAGGAAGACCCAUCGGUCACUCUUUUCCGGGAGUAUCUGAGAAUCAAGACUGUCCAGCCAGAGCCUGAUUAUGACUCAUCAGUGAAAUUCCUGGAGAGAAUGGCUUCUGAACUUAACCUGCAGUGUCAGAAAGUGGAGGUUUGCCCUGGCCGUGUGAUCACCAUUCUGACCUGGAAAGGCACAAACCCACAACUCCGUUCCAUCUUGCUGAAUUCCCACACAGAUGUCGUGCCUGUGUUUGAGGAUUAUUGGUGCUGUGACCCCUUUGCAGCUUUCAAGGACUCUGAUGGAAACAUCUAUGCUCGUGGAGCUCAGGAUAUGAAAUGUGUCUCCAUUCAAUACAUAGAGGCCAUCCGGAGGCUGAAAGCUGAAGGGAGACAUUUCCCAAGAACAGUUCAUAUGAGCUUUGUCCCAGGUAAGUUAAAUAGUGGGACAUAAAGAAGCAGCCAGUUGUUUCCUAAGAGAAAGCUGUUUGCCACCAAACAUAUUGCCAAUUCUGUCUUUUGUUUCCCUGUAGGUCUGGCGAACCCAUCAGACACCUUCACUGUAUUCUAUGGUGAGAAAUGCCCAUGGUGGAUUAAAGUGAAAGUAGAAGGGAACCCUGGACAUGGAUCUAGAUUCAUUGAGGACACAGCUGCUGAAAAGCUGCACAGAGUGAUCACUUCCUUCCUAGAGUUCAGAGAGCGUGAAAAACAAAGGUUGAAAUCAGAGAAGCACCUUACCUUAGGCGAUGUAACCUCCCUUAACCUAACCAUGUUGAAUGGGGGCAUCUCCUUCAAUGUGGUCCCCUCUGAGAUGUCUGCUGGCUUUGACAUCCGCAUACCACCCACAGUGGAUUUAAAGGCGUUUGAAGAGCAGCUCACAGCCUGGUGCCGGGCAGCUGGGGAAGGUGUUGCCUAUGAGUUCCACCAGAAAUACACGGAUCAGUCGAUGACCUCCACAGAGGAAUCUGACCCCUGGUGGAAAGCAUUCAGUAGCACCUGCAGGGACAUGAACAUGAAACUGAAGUGCGAGAUCUUUCCUGCUGCCACAGACAGUCGCUAUAUCAGGGCAGCAGGCCACCCAGCAAUUGGAUUCUCCCCCAUGAACCGCACUCCUGUGCUGCUGCAUGACCACAAUGAAUUCCUGAAUGAGCAGGUCUUUCUUCGUGGGAUUGAGAUCUAUGCCCACCUCAUCCCAGCGCUGGCUAGUGUCCCUCCUCUACAAGCAGAGGCCUGAGUGAAGGUUAUAAGUGAGAGGCAGUCGUCUGAAGGAAGAAGACAUAGAAACCAAAGAGAGAGAGAGAGAUGGUUGAAAAAUUAUAUUCUUUCCUGUUGUGAUCCAGGACCCUACUAGGGGGAUGUAGGCCUUAGAUGUUGUGGUUGAGAACUGGUGACUUACUUAGGUCUGGUGGCAUCCCAGGACAAACUGUGGAACUUCAGCAUCUCUGAAUGGUACCACCUGGAGCAAGACAUGUUUAAAGCAGACAUUUAGACAGGCGCAUCUAAAGCUGGGUUUUUUAGGUGACUAUGACUGGUUCCCUACUCCUUACUGAAACACAUACUAAGCAUCCUUAUUUUCCACAGUUCCUGGACUAAGUUCUCAGUUCCUAAGCUUUCUUAUUGACACCUGUCCAUUUCAGAGAAUCCCCCCGACUCCUGAUUCUCAUCAUAGAGGCUUCUUGGGAUAUGUAGGGAAGUGUGACUACCCUCCCAUUGGCCUUCGCCAUAAUUCCAAAGUUGUGCCAUUCUUUCAUGUGAUCCUCAUAGAAAAGCAUCAGUUCCCCAGCUGCCAAACCCAAAAGCAAAGCAAUAGGAGGAGCCAGAGGACCCUUAACCUGUAGGCAUAACUGUGCUUUCUUUUCUGUUUGGGCACCUCCUGUAGCUGCUUUGGUGGCUUUCACUGUUGCCAUGCCUGCCAAGCUCUAUAGUCCAAGAACAAACUUUCUGGAGAGCCCAGGCAUCACAGAAGAAUCUUCAUUUUAGCUCCACUGUCCAUAUGCUUUAUGGCUUUAGACAAAUCAGCAGUUCUUUUUGUGUCUCAGAUUCCUCAUUGGUAGAGGGGCGUGAAUGAUGAAACUGCUUCCUUACUAUCCAAGAUCCUCCAGUGGAAGAUAGUGAUUCUAAAAAGGGCUGGAGUGAAAGCUAAUAUAUAAAUGACUCAGAGUGCAUAGGAAAUGGCAACUCCUUGGAGUGGGGGAACAGUAUUCAAUGUGGCCAUUGAAUUUGCACUACCUCCCCCCCCCCGCCGCCGCCACAGCAGAAAGCAGUCCUUGGGAGUCAACAGCACAGUUACUGGCUGCAGCCCUCUGCCUUAAGUUUCUAUAUUAAACUGCUGUCUUAAAAAAUGCCAGGCAGAAUGAAUGAGUUGAGUGACUGAACCUUGCAUGCAAGAGGAAAUGCUUUGGACAGCUGGGUGCCCAACAUUGUGGAAGAAUGGUUUUCCUUUUGGGGUAAGGAACAAGCUAUCCUAUCAAAUGUUUGGAGGAAGUCUGCUUUUCCUUACCCAGUGCACUGUAUGUUAAGUGUUAUUGCUAAAUGGGCAGCUUACUACUGGAGUCGGGGAUUGCCAUCAGGGUGUUACUUGAGUAUCAUUGGGUGCGUUCAGACGGGGCGUUUCA